CAAUCAAAGAAGGCCUGCUACAUAAACAAGGAAAUGGUCUUUGGGCUCUAUUUUAAAGUUGUCACGACUGCGUGUGCGGGUGUUUGCCGGUGUUGUGUGGCUGUAUACUUGAAUAAGUGGUUGUGUGGCUGUAUACUUGAAUAAGUGCAGACUAGUUUCAAAGAUGAAGGUGGCUCUGCUGCUUACGUUGACCUUUAGCAGUAGCUUGAUGUCCACAGUGUCGUCUUCAUGCUCCCACCCUCCUUCACAGUGGUGCUCGUCUCCAGAUUUGGCAGUCCAGUGCGGGGUUUUGGAACAGUGCCUCCACGCCAACUCAACCAGGUUGCGUCAGACAGCGGAACCUGUCCAGUUGGAUGUUUACUAUGAGAGCCUGUGUCCCGACUGCAUAUUUUAUAUCACACAGGUGCUCUACCCCACAUGGGUGUUGCUGCAGGAUAUCCUAUCUGUCAAUCUUGUCCCCUUUGGGAAUGCUCAGGAGAAACCUGAUGGCGGCAAGUACAUAUUUAAGUGCCAGCAUGGAGAACAGGAGUGCCUUGGUAACAUGAUUCAGGCGUGUUUACUGAACAUGAGCGACAAUGCCUUCCUCGUCACCUUCUGUAUGGAGGCCUCCACCGAUGUUAUCGCUGCUGCAAAGAGCUGUGUUCAACUCUACAACCCCCAGUUGAGCUGGCGGCGCCUCAUGAGCUGUGUGAAUGGAGCCCAGGGAAACCAGCUCAUGCAUCAGAACGCCUUGAAGACCCAAGCCCUGGUUCCUCCGCACCAGUUUGUACCCUGGGUCACCAUCAACGGGGAGCAUACGGAUGAGCUGCAGACAAACGCCACAACUUCUCUCCUUCCUUUAGCCUGUAGCUUGUACAAGGGUGUCAAGCCGGACGUCUGCGUAGGUGGCAACCAGAGACACUACAAGAUAUCCCACCAUCACUAAAGAAGCAUACAGUACAUGGCCAAAUGCUGGUCCAGCUCAAGGUGUUGUGGCCACUGGAUAUUAUUAAAUUGUUAUAAUCUUACUUUUUAUUUAUCAUUUUCCACAUAUUGAUGGCCAUUUGCACCUUAGAUAAUAUAAAAACAAUUACCUGCAAAAUAUGUCUUGACUAAAACUCUGGGGGGGGACACGGCGGUCUAGUGGUUAGCACACAGACCUCACGGCUAGGAGACCAGGGUUCAAUUCCACCCUCGGCCAUCUCUGUGUGGAGUUCUCCCCGUGCAUGCGUGGGUUUUCUCCGGGUACUCCGGUUUCCUC